GGCGCACGGCGGACCGGGAGUAAGAGAUCCACGCUGGUGGAUGGACGCUGCUCCCCGGUCCGGGCUGUUCCCAGCACGGCCAUGACGGGCAUCCAGGAGCUGGACCUUUGUGAGCAGCACCACGGCCCAACACAAGAGGCUGAGGAUGAGGAGGAGGAGGGGGAGGCUGUACAUGUGUCCGUUGAGGGAGAGGAGUUGGAGCACAAAGGGGAAGAAGAAGAGGAGGGAGGGGAGGAGGAGAAGGAAAAGGAAGAGCUGCCGUACCCCUCCCUUGCGCCGGUGGUUCUUUUGGCUCUGACCCAAACCAGUCCACCUCGCUCCUGGUGCCUUAGAGUCGUCUGCCACCCUUGGUUUGAACGUGUAAGCAUUUUGGCCAUCCUGCUGAACUGUGUGACUUUGGGGAUGUUCCAGCCCUGUGGCCACACCCCUCACCUGUUGCAGGCCCUAGAUGAUGGUAUCUUUGUCUUCUUUGCCGGAGAAAUGCUGGUGAAGAUGGUGGCUCUUGGGGUCAUAGGUCAGAAAGGUUAUCUGGGCGACACAUGGAACAGAUUGGACUUCUUCAUUGUUAUUGUGGGCAUGCUGGAGUAUUCUCUGGAUGGACACAACGUCAGCCUAUCAGCUAUUCGGACCGUCCGAGUCCUCCGCCCACUACGAGCCAUCAACAGAGUUCCCAGUAUGCGUAUUUUGGUGACCCUCCUGCUGGACACACUUCCUAUGCUGGGCAACGUGCUGGCACUCUGCUUCUUUGUCUUCUUCAUCUUCGGCAUUGUUGGUGUUCAGCUCUGGGCGGGGCUACUGAGGAAUCGCUGUUUCAUGGGAGAGGAUGUCAGAAUGAGAUACAACAUCACCUUCCUGAAUAGAUAUUAUCGGUCUGAUGGCACAGACGACCAUCCCUUCAUUUGCUCGACAGAGAGAGAAAACGGGAUGCUUCACUGCGCUGAUGUGCCACGCCGCCGUGUGGGCGGGGCUUACUGCUUCCUAGGUGCUGAGGAAGCUCAGUCUGAGACCAGACGAACAGCAGACAAGCCGGUGUCCUGUGUGAACUGGUAUCAGUACUAUAAUGAGUGUCGAGCUGGGGAAAUAAACCCCCACAAAGGAGCUAUUAACUUUGACAAUAUUGGAUAUGCAUGGAUUGCCAUUUUUCAGGUAAUUACUCUGGAGGGUUGGGUAGACAUCAUGUACUAUGUGAUGGAUGCACACUCCUUCUACAACUUCAUCUAUUUUAUUUUUCUCAUUAUAGUGGGCUCUUUUUUCAUGAUCAACCUGUGCCUGGUCGUCAUAGCAACCCAGUUUUCUGAAACAAAGCAGAGAGAACACGCCUUAAUGAAGUCGGAGCAGCGUGCCCGACAGCUCCACCAAUCGGCAUCCACGCUGGCCAGUGACAGCCAACCGGGCAGCUGCUAUGAGGAAAUCAUCCGCUACCUGGCUCACCUGGGCCGAAAGGCGUGGCGGCGGCUCUUCCGCUGCUGCUCCCGGGUGCACGCCCAUUUUCACUGCACAUGCACCUGCCUGAAAAGCCAAUCUGGCGGUGGCAGUGGAUCAGCCAGAGGGGGCGCAGUUGGAGAGAUGAAUGGACUCGCCAACCGGCACUCAGGCCACGUUCCCAAUGACUUGCUGCACCUUCAUCAGCUUUAUCAUCUUCAUCAACAGCAUCAUAAGCAGACUCAUCAGCCCGAGCUUGCUGUCAGUAACGGAGGAAACAGUUUUAAUUAUCCUUUCAUAUUGCCGCUCUUAAGUCGCCUGGAUGGUAAGGGCCGGGACCAGAAGAGGAUGGUUGCCACGGAGACCAUCAACAGAGCGCCGCAGCUGGUUCUGGAACAUGGUGGAUCUGCUGGGCAUCCUUCAUUACCUUUGCCGGGUGAAGGCCCUGAAGACUCCUCAGCGUGCCCGUACUGUGUCUACUACAACCAAACGAGUAGCAGUGAAAAUGCAGAUGAAGACCAGCAUCCCGGGUGCUGUAACUCCUGCAACAGCCACGGCGACGACCCGUGCCACUGUAACAACCCCAUCUGCGGUAAUGCACAGGCAUCUGAGUCAAAGAAAAGACUGUGGGAGCUCUGCUGGAUGAGACUCCAAAGCAAACUGGAACUUAUCGUCGGCAGCAGAUAUUUCAGCAGAGGAAUCAUGAUUGCCAUCCUUAUUAACACCCUGUCGAUGGGCAUAGAGUACCACGAGCAGCCACAGGAGCUGACAGACAUUUUGGAGAUCAGUAAUAUGGUCUUCACCAGUCUCUUCAGCCUCGAAAUGAUGCUCAAGCUCCUGGCUCUCGGCCUUUUUGGCUACAUCAAGAACCCUUACAACGGCUUUGACAGCAUCAUUGUCAUAAUCAGUGUGUGGGAGAUCGUGGGUGAGGCUGAGGGAGGCUUGUCGGUUCUGCGGACUUUCCGUCUUCUUAGAGUUUUGAAGCUGGUUCGGUUCCUUCCUGCUUUAAGGAGGCAGCUGGUGGUGCUGAUGAAGACCAUGGACAACGUGGCCACAUUCUGCAUGUUACUGAUGCUCUUUAUAUUCAUAUUCAGCAUUUUGGGGAUGCAUCUGUUCGGCUGUAAGUUUGGCUUGCGACAAGUCAGUGGAGAUACUUUACCUGACCGAAAAAACUUUGAUUCCUUGCUGUGGGCGACAGUCACUGUAUUUCAGAUCCUCACCCAGGAGGACUGGAACGCUGUGCUGUAUAAUGGGAUGGCCUCCACCACGCCUCUGGCAGCUCUCUAUUUUGUGGCCCUCAUGACGUUUGGAAACUACGUCCUCUUCAACCUGCUCGUAGCCAUUUUAGUUGAGGGCUUUCAGGCUGAAGGUGACGCCAACAGAUCUGAAGCCGAUGACGACAGACAAUCGCUGUGCCUCCAGGACGAGGAGAAGCUGCGAGAACUUUACACUGCUGAGCUCAAGAUCCAGGCCAUGAUGCUCACCCCCAACGGUCUUCUGAACCCAAAAGCCUCCAUGCCUCCCCCGCCUCCUCCACCUCUGCCACUCAUCACGCACACGGCAGCCACACCCAUCAUAAACUCUAGCCAGUCUCGGCGGGCGAGUGGUGCUUCCACCGACAUCAACAGCCUGGAGCAGAGAACACCGUCUCUAUGGGAUAGUGGACCCGCAAGCCGUCGCUCCAGCUGGACCAGCAUCAGCCGAGGCCCCAGCCUCCACAGGAGGAGCCAGUCAGGAGAGUUGGAGUCCCUGCUGUCUGACCCCAGCAGCAGGGAGCAGUCUCUGGACCAGUCGGACCACCUGCAGGUUCCCACACUCCUCUCACCUGACUGCAACGGCACCACCUUUCACCUCCCGGACCACAGUUACGAUGAGGCCACUCUGACGUCAUAUUACCAUGAUGACCAGGAAGAGGAAGAGCUUGAGGAGAGUUUAUGUAAGAGGCUGAAGAAGAUACUAGAGCCAUAUGAGCCUCAGUGGUGCCAAGAGCAUGAAGAGUGGUCCCUCUAUGUGUUUGCUCCACAUAACCAGUUCAGGUUGUGGUGUCAGAAGGUCAUAAGUCACAAGAUGUUCGAUCACAUCAUCCUGCUUUUCAUUUUUCUGAACUGCAUCACUAUAGCGUUGGAGAGACCUGACAUCAAUCCCAAAAGCAUGGAGCGAGUGUUUCUCAGUGUGUCCAAUUACAUCUUCACUGUCAUCUUCGUGGGUGAGAUGAUGAUCAAGGUUGUGGCCAUGGGCUUUUACUUUGGAGAAGGUGUUUACCUGCAGAGCAGCUGGAACGUCUUAGAUGGCAUGCUGGUGUUUGUGUCACUGGUGGACAUCCUGGUCUCCAUUGCAUCAGCGGGUGGAAACCGAAUCCUGGGGAUGCUGCGGGUGCUUCGACUGCUUCGCACGCUGCGACCGCUCAGGGUGAUUAGUCGGGCUCCGGGUUUAAAACUGGUAGUGGAGACGCUGAUCACAUCUCUGAGGCCAAUUGGAAACAUCGUCCUCAUCUGCUGCGCUUUUUUCAUUGUGUUUGGAAUUCUAGGAGUGCAGUUGUUCAAAGGGAAAUUCUUCCAUUGUGAAGGACCAAACAUCAGAAACAUCACCAAUAAAACGGAGUGCCUGCAAGCGGGUUAUCGCUGGGUUCGACGAAAAUACAACUUUGACAACCUGGGACAGGCGCUGAUGUCCCUCUUCGUCCUGUCCUGUAAAGACGGCUGGGUGAGCAUCAUGUACGACGGCCUGGAUGCUGUUGGAGUGGACCAGCAGCCGAUAAGGAACAACAACCCUUGGAUGCUGCUGUUCUUCAUCUCUUUCCUCCUCAUCGUCAGCUUUUUUGUGCUCAACAUGUUCGUGGGCGUGGUGGUGGAAAACUUUCACAAGUGUCGCCAGCAGCAGGAGGAGGAGGAGGCCCGGCUGAGGGAGGAGAAACGACAAAAGCGAUUGGAGAAAAAGAGGAGAAGGGCCCUGGAGAAACCUUAUUACGCCGACUACUCUCCACUGCGCCGAUCCAUACACACUUUGUGCACCAGCCACUACCUGGAUCUCUUCAUCACCAUCAUCAUCUUCACAAACCUCCUCACUAUGAGCAUGGAGCACUACAACCAGCCUCAGUACCUGGAGGAGAUACUGAAAUACUGCAAUUACGUUUUCACUCUGGUUUUUGUCAUCGAGGCCAUUCUGAAGCUCAUUGCCUUCGGGCUGCGCCGAUUUUUCAAAGAGAGAUGGAACCAGCUGGAUCUAGCCAUCGUGCUGUUGUCUAUUAUGGGGAUCACACUAGAAGAAAUAGACCUGAACGCUUCCCUUCCCAUCAACCCUACAAUCAUACGCAUCAUGAGAGUCCUGAGGAUAACACGAGUGCUGAAGCUGCUAAAGAUGGCCACGGGGAUGAGAGCUCUGCUGGACACAGUGAUGCAGGCUCUGCCUCAGGUGGGGAAUCUGGGUCUGCUCUUCAUGUUGCUGUUCUUCAUCUAUGCAGCACUGGGAGUUGAGCUCUUUGGAAAACUGGAGUGUUCAGAUGAGAACCCGUGUGAAGGUCUUAGUCGCCACGCCACCUUUGACAACUUUGGCAUGGCUUUCCUCACACUCUUCAGAGUGUCCACUGGGGACAAUUGGAAUGGGAUUAUGAAGGACACACUGCGUGAGUGUCGCCCUCAUGACCGCCACUGCCUCAGCUACCUGCCCCUGAUCUCGCCCGUUUACUUCGUCACCUUCGUCCUCACGGCUCAGUUCGUGCUCGUCAACGUGGUCGUCGCCGUCUUGAUGAAGCACCUGGAGGAGAGCAACAAGGAGGCGCAGCUGGAGGAGAUGGAGGAGAGGAGAGAGAGGGAGGAGGCUGCCCGGCAACUCAACUCCACAUCUCUAGGUGGAGACCCAGUGGGAAACGCAGACACACCUGUCCAGGUGCAAGUAGAAGAUGAGGAGUGUUCCCAUGGAAACCGUGCAAGGAUGGGACGCAUGCUGUCUCUCCCUAGCGACAACUACCCGCCGCUCAGAGGCUCUUCUUAUGCUCCCAUUGGCCACGAGGCCGUCUGCGGCUACAGCUACUCCGGCUCCAUGUCAUCUCUGGGCUCCAGCGGAGGAAGCUCUCUGCUGCAGGUUCCAGGAGCUCUGCCUGCCAUCAGCCACGCUUCAUUGGGGUCUGGACGCAGCUUCAGGCCAAUGAUCCGCCUCAGCGCCUCUCAGAGCUUCGAUAGACACUCGACAUACAAACUGAGUCAAGCUGACAGCGUGGAGGGAUGCCGAUUCAGCCCAUCUCACAGAGCAAACAGACACAGACUGAACUCGGCUCACAGUAUAGACGGGUACAAAUUCAGCCCAGCUCGUCGAAUAAACAGAUACAGACUCAGCUCUGCUCACAGUAUGGAUGGAUACAGACUGAAUCCAGAUCCGAGCACAGACAGGCCGAAGCUGCUGUCCAGCCACAGCAUAGACAGAUGUCCGUCAGACAGACUGAGUCCGAAGCACAGUAGCAGCAGACGGUCAUCUUCAUGGCUCAAUCCUGAAGACAGUUUGGACCGAAACAAACUCAGUCCUUCCUACGUUCCUGAGAGUUCAGUCCUAAAGAGACCCGCCUCCUUCCGCACUGCAAGCAGACAGUUACGGAGACAGGAGGCUGUGCGUAGUGACUCUCUGGAUCAGAGCGGUUCAGCUGAUGACCUGGCAGAGCCCUGCCUCACUGUGCCCACUCCAGCACGUCAGAGAUCUUCCAGCGUGCACACACUGAAAUACGUACAUCCCCAGAGGGUAAUCUCAUGCAGGAGCCACAGCCGGAGCCACAGUGAAGCCAAAGAACAUGAACAUGUACCUGAGAAGACCAUCUGCGGCUCUCAGCCAGAAAAUGAUACAGAAAAAAGGCCUGUCAGCCCACAGGGACUGUCCAGUCUGAAGGUCACCAGCAACGAACACACACUUUUAGCUCCGCCGCCUGACUCCAGAGUGGCCUGCCCUGGCGCUGGCGCUGGAUCAGACCCCGCCCUGCAGUUAGACGAUGCUGAUGAGGAAGUUAAUCGUAUAAACAGUUCGGUUCGCUUACAAACACAGCCAGCUCCCAGCUCCUUACACAAAAGCGGACACCUAUCCUUGAGUCCUACGGAGCAGAGAAGCCGUCUCAGCCACUCAGCAUCCCCAGUUUCUGGCAAAAACAGGAAGCAGCGAAUGAGCCCACCUCCGGGGGAUGAGCCAGUUACAGUGGCAACCCAACUUAUAGACAGCAGUGUUGAGCUGAGGAGGCGGACUCUGUCGUUUGAUGCCACAAGUCUUUCUCCUUAUCAGCAGGAGGGAGGAUCUGUGGACGACUAACAAAAAGUGAUACAAAUAUACUGC